CUGAGAAAGACCUAUUGGUUUCGCCCAGGGACUCGCUCCAGCACUCACGGCAGACAACAGUGCUACAACACAGUGAUUGUAUAUUAUAACGUAUAAAUUAAACGUCAGUUUUUAGUAGUAAUGGCGUAAAAACACCACAAACUCAGAGUGGUCUUAAAAAAAAAACACUGUUUGAAGGAGACACAUUUACCGAUGAGAGCUCAGUGUCCAUAAAUGGCAGCUGUGCAGUCGGAGAGAGAGGGACGAGGUAAAGAUCUGCACUGGAAUAAAUAAGGCUAACCCACCCCCCUCCCCCCUUAUCCUCCCCUUCCCUCCCUUUCUACCCUGGAAGCAAUAAGAAUAUCUUGUUGGUGCAGACCCCCCCCUUCAUGAAUCCUCCCCUUUGCACCCUUUCCCACCACUGCUACCUGAGCUGAAGCAGGUUAAGGAGAAGCUCAGAUGAUCCAUCGGGCUGUUAUGAACCACAUUGUCCAAGCAGCCAGGGACAGGGAAGAGUAACUAGUGCGUGUGAGAGAAAUCGCUUCGAGGUGGGGGGUGCUGUGAGCACCUUGUGAGGUCCGCCCACCAAGCCUGGCAGAAAGCUUGGCUCACCCCUUCUCUCCUCCAGCCCCUGAGAUGCCCUCCCCUCCUAAUGAUGGAGAGGAUCAAGGAGCGUCCCCCAUGAACGGUGGCCCAUCUGUGGGCUCCUACAAGAGCAGAGGGAAGAGGAAGGCACACUCCAAAAAGAAGAAGGGCACGAUAACUGCCAACAUCGCCGGCACCAAAUAUGAAAUAGUACGCAUAGCCAUCAGGGAGAUGGGCUUCAUCAAUGCACGGGAUGAUGAUGAGACUGCUAACCUCAUCUGGAAUGACUCAGCAGUGCAGCAUGAGAAGAUUGCUGAGCUCAGGAACUAUCAGAGAAUUAACCAUUUCCCUGGCAUGGGCGAAAUCUGCCGGAAAGACUGCCUCGCAAGAAACAUGUCCAAAAUGAUCAAGUGCCAGCCUCAGGAGUACAGCUUCAUACCCAAAACCUGGAUCUUCCCCGCCGAAUACACUCAGUUCCAGAACUAUGUCAAAGAGUUGCGCAGGAAACGCAAGCAGAAGACCUUUAUUGUCAAACCUGCCAAUGGAGCCAUGGGUCAUGGGAUCUCGCUUAUCCGUAACUGUGAGAAGCUGCCAGCCCAGGAGCACUUUAUUGUUCAGGAGUAUCUGGACAAGCCCUUCCUGAUGGAGGGCUACAAAUUUGACCUGCGCAUCUACAUCCUGGUCACUUCCUGUGACCCGCUUCGCAUUUUCUUGUACAAAGACGGCUUGGUUCGCAUGGGCACCGAGAAGUACCACUCACCCAACGAGGCCAACCUGAGCCAGCUCUACAUGCAUCUGACAAACUACUCUGUCAACAAACACAACGAAAACUUUGAGCGAGACGAGACGGUGGACAAAGGCAGCAAGCGGUCCAUCAGCUGGUUCACUGAGUUCCUCCGUAUCAACGACUAUGAUGUGGCCAAGUUCUGGGGAGACAUCUCAGAGUUGGUGGUGAAAACACUGAUAGUAGCUGAGCCGCACGUUCUGCAUGCCUACCGCAUGUGCCGCCCAGGACAACCACCAGGGAGCGACAGUGUCUGCUUUGAGGUCCUGGGCUUUGACAUCAUCCUGGACCGCAAACUCAAACCCUGGCUGCUGGAGAUCAAUCGAGCUCCAAGCUUUGGGACUGAUCAGAAGAUCGAUUACGAUGUGAAGAAAGGGGUGUUGCUCAAUGCUCUCAAACUACUGAACAUCAGGGCAAGUGAUAAGAAACGAAACCUGGCUCAGGAGAAGGCGGAGGCUCAGAGACGGCUUUAUGGACAUGGCUCCAUGAAAAAACUUGCAGCAACUUCCUCGGACUGGGAGAAACAACGUCACACUCUGGAAAGAAGAAAAGAGGAGCUGAAAGAGCGACUUGCACAGGUUCGCAAGCAGGUUUCCAGGGAAGAAUAUGAAAAUCAACAUCUGGGGAAUUACAGACGUAUUUACCCCCCAGACGACAAGCUGCUGUUGGAAAAGUAUGAAAGCCUGCUCUCGGCCGCCUUUCAGACCUUCCUUGCCGGGCGAGCUGCCUCACUUCAAAAGGAAAUGAAUAAUCCUCUGAAACGAAUGAAGGAAGAAGAUAUACUGGAUCUGCUGGAGCAAUGUGAGCUGGAUGACGAGAAGCUGAUGGGUAAAUCCUCCAGGCAAAGAGGCCCAAAGCCCUUGACCGCCAUGCCAGAAUACAGACAGACACCAAGACGCCAACGACCAGACUACCUAGGUGACUUCACCAAUGGCAGCAGUGCUGAUAAUUCCUGCCUGUCUUCCGAUGAAGAGGAAGAUGAGAGGAGGAAAGGAGGAGCAGGGAGAAGCAGAGAAAAGAGAAGCGAAAAGAAGGUUUCCUAUGACCUCAGUGAGAGCAAGGAGAGGAAUGUGGCUGAGCGUUCAGGUCGAAUGCACUGGAAACCUCCAAUCAAGCCUAUCAGAACCCGCAUUGCACCCUCUGUGUCCCCAACUCUUUCGGGUCCAAUCAGACGUUCUAUCUCUUGCCCUCGGUCCAUUGCAUCCCUUCCGUCACCCAGUGAGAUGCGAGUAUUGUCCAUUAGGCCGUCUCCGCUGGCAAUGCCUCUCGCCAGGCCAAGCUCCGCCACGCUUCGCUCACAUUCGCUGAGCCGCAGUGGCUCCACCCAACGUGUGCCUCACAGCAGCAGCCUGGGCACCAUCCACUCUAAUUUAGGUGAUCCCCUCAUUAAUCUGAGGACGAAGGAGCAGGAGGCUGAAUUGGUGCGCCAGACCCUGUCGGCACUUACCGCAAUGCGGAUCAGGUUUCCUGGGAAAACUGAGGAGGAGGCUGAGGCAGUGCUAGAUGAGAUUCUUGACAACUGGAAGUACCAUAAAUCAAAAGUGGCAUCUUAUUGGCUGGUGAAGUUGGACUCAACCAAACAGAGGAAGGUGUUGGACAUCGUUCGCACAAAUGUCCGCUCAGCGCUGCAGCGGAUCUGGAGGGAGCCCGAUGUAGAGAGCCUGCACCUCUAUCGGCUUUUUAACCGCAUCUUCAACCGAUUGUUGUGGAGUCACGGCCAGGGACUUUGGAACUGCUUCUCCAACACCGGCUCAUCGUGGGAGGCCAUCUUUAGUAAAAGCAGUGAGUUGGUUUCACCCCAGGAGCUGCAGUGCUGCCGCCGACUCGUCCAGCUGUGCCGAGACUGCCUGUUGGUCGUUUACAAGUUUGUCUCAGAGUCACGUGGCUCUUUGACGGGACUCAGUCCUGAAUGGGACGACACAAGGUACCUGCUGCCAGUGACCUCCCAGUUCAUCAUGAAGUGGCCUUCGUCCAGCUUUGGCCGCGUCUCCUCGGCCAUGCCACGCUCCCGCAGCCUUUUCACCGCCAGAAUGGACCACUUCUGAGGUCAUCAUGGCAAGCCUGGCUGCAGAAACCUCGCCUUUUAACCUCAACUUCCUCCUCACCUCACACUUCUUUGAUGACUCCCACCCAAGCCAAACUCAGAUCUUAGUAACCCCAGUAUAGAUGUGAAAUCAAGGCAGCUUUGGACACUGGGUGGGGCCUCAACUCAUCCAAAUCGCCUUGUGGAAAAGGAAUAUAGAAAGGCUGAACGACUGGGAUUACUGUAGAGCGUUUUAUGUAGUCUGUCUUGUUGAAACCAGCUAACCAUUCCCUCCAUCCCUCCUUUCAACACCAGUAACACCAGAGAGUGGCUUCACUUCUCUGUCUUCAUUGUAACUGCUGUAUUAUAUUUCACUGUACAGUUUCAAGUCAUGGUACUGUAAAAGAAGGAAUUAACGACAAAACAAUGCAAGUUUUGUUUAUUUAUUUAUGUAACUAUUUAAUUUUAAGUUAUUUCACAAUUGCAGUGAGCGCUGCUGCAGAUUGCAGCCUGGGAAUAACAUUAACAAAGCUUUGCUUCAUUUGAAUAUGGGAGUAAAAAGCUUAGCUAUCCCUAAUUAGUACUGUUAUUUUUGUGUUUAGAUUAUAAUUUAUUUUAGAACUUACAGCUAAUGGUUUAAGUAAAGUCACUAUAUUUUCUUUAUCAUGCAACUCAAUUUACGAAAUAUGGGUACGAGGUGAUGCACAGAUAACUUUUAAGUGUUUUGAAUGCUAACAUGUUUUGUUUCUAUUUGUGUCUCUAUUAAGUGCAGCCCAAUUUAAGCGUUCUGAAUGUGAGUGUAGUGAGCCAAGCCUUGUUUGCCUCCUGGAACACAAGCUGGCUUUAAAGUCACAGCUUGAAGAGCCAAACCUCUCCAAGAGCACCAACUAGCUCUGAUAUGCACUUUGCAAUUUGUCACAGAAAACGAAAGCAACUUCACACUUGUAGAGAAUGCAUGCUUAGACUUUAGUCUCUUUAAAACCAUAGAAGAGCUGCGUUUGGAAUAUGAAAAGUUUUUGUCAUUAAUUAUUGUGCUGUCAUGGGGAGGACACUUCACUUUCACAUUUGCUGAUGUUUUAAGGAGGAGAAGGAUGUGCAUCACAAGAUUGCUCAGCCUGCUGAGUGAGUCGGCUCAUCAGCUCCCACUUACUGCAUUAUAACAGCAGGGAUUUAUCCUGGAAGAAGCUGCUGCCAUGGUCAACAAUGCACUGUAGAUAUACACCAGAUAUUUUAUGGAUUGUUAGGACAGUAUGUUGGAUUUUAUUUUAAGCUAAUGACUUUGCCCAGUGCAGCAUCUCAUAGCUAUGCUUUUAUUUUGAUAGAUAGAUACGUUUAAAUAGGAUUCUAACGUCAACAUGAGUUAAGAAAACAAUAGUCUUUACAAAACAGUGCAGUAUACAUAUUUUUUACUAUUUCAACCUGUCUGUAAUGUAGCAGCAAUGCUGUGCUAAAACUAAAAAAA